AUAGGUAUUAUUGCUGCUCUUAGAGUUCAAACCGGUGCGGGUGGUGUUAAUACUCCUCCGCCUUCUGAGUCUCCGAGCUCCCUCCGCCCAUCCCUCCAGGAAUCCGGUUGCAGAGCUAUGGGGGUCGAUUACUACAACAUUCUCAAGGUCAACCGAAACGCCAGCGACGAUGAUUUGCGCAAAGCCUACCGCCGUCUGGCUAUGAUCUGGCACCCCGAUAAGAACCCCGGCCCCAAAAAACACGAAGCGGAGACCAAGUUCAAGCAGGUCUCCGAGGCCUAUGAUGUCCUCAGCGAUCCCCAGAAACGCCAAAUUUAUGAUCUCUACGGCGAGGAGGCGCUCAAAUCAGGGCAGGCUCCCGCGGUGGAGAACACUGUCAUGUGUAGCUUGGAGGACUUGUACAAAGGAGCAAAGAAGAAAAUGAAGGUUUCGAAGACGAUUCAAGAUGUUUCUGGGAUGCCUCGAAUUGUUGAGGAGAUCUUGACGAUCGAGAUAAAACCUGGUUGGAAGAAAGGCACAAAGAUAACCUUUCCGGAGAAGGGUAAUCAAGAGCCUGGUGUCAUUCCAUCUGAUCUUGUUUUUGUGGUCGACGAAAAGCCUCAUCCUUUCUUCGCCAGGGAGGGAAAUGACUUGGUUGCGAAGCAGGAGAUAUCACUCCUCGAAGCACUCACAGGGAAAACCCUGGAACUGACAACGUUGGAUGGCAGGAAUCUUAGGAUCCCACUGGCUGAGGUUGUCAGACCUGGACAAGAGGUAGUGGUCCCGAACGAAGGGAUGCCGAUAUCUAAAGAAGUUCACAGAAGGGGAAAUCUGCGGGUAAAGAUUGAUGUUAGGUACCCGACUAGGCUAACUGAAGUUCAGAAAUCAGAACUGAGCAGGGUCUUGGCAGGAACUUAAAGGUAAAGUUUUUGAAUUGGUUACAGUUCUGGAGGCCGGGGGGAUCCGUAUCAAAGAAAGCUGAGUGAGUACGCCGUUGUUGGUUAGUGUACAUAUAUAUUACUCCCUCCGUCCUUCUAAGAUGUUCUCAUUUUGACUUUUGGUGGUUUAUAAGGAGAGUUGAAAAAAAGUGAAAGUUUACCAUAAUACCCUUAAUGAAAAUGGAUAGAGUGUAUUAAAUGAGGUGGGUGAGGUGUAAUAAAUAAAGUAAGUGAGGGUAGUUGUGGUAUUUUAAUUAUUAAAAAAUGAAAUGAGAAGAUCUAUUGGGGGACGGAGAGAGUAUUAUAUAUAGAGAGAGGAUGUGAAUUGGGUAGAGUUUUUCCUUCCUUUGUUAUGGUUUCUCCCCCUCUUCGAGAGAGAGAGAGAAGAGGGCAAGGGAAUUGUUUACU